AUGAGUAAUACGGAAAGCGAUAGAGAAGUGACUGAGCACACUGCACUUAUGGACGGCCACAUCGCAGAAGCUCGCCCCGAUAGGGAGAUUGCCGAGAGAAUCGCCAGGAAACGAAAAACCAAGGCAGAUGCACAACGCAACUAUGGGUCUGUGGGGCAGCCUGAUGAGGGUACGUCCAGUGCAGUGGGUGGCUCAGCAUCACAGGCACCGCCCCCAGGUCCAGUUCCAACGCAAGGUGAAGAGCUAGAGCUAAAAUAUGGUGCAAGACAUGUAAUCAAGCUCUUUGUGCCAGUAACUCUGUGUAUGAUAGUUGUUGUAGCAACUAUAUCAUCAAUAAGAUUUUACUCAGUAAAGGAUGUAUAUUUGGCAUAUACACCAUUUCAUGAAGAGAGUCCAUAUGCAGUGACAAAAGUAUGGAAUGCCCUAGCAAACUCUAUGAUUCUAUUGAGCGUGAUAGCUAUGAUGACAAUUCUUCUAAUAGUGCUCUAUAAGAAAAGGUGUUACAAAGUGAUACAUGGUUGGCUCAUUCUUUCAUCCCUGAUGCUGCUAUUUUUAUUUUCCUAUUUAUAUAUAGAGGAGGCACUAAGAGCCUACAAUAUACCAAUGGAUUAUAUCACACUAACAUUUGUGAUGUGGAAUUUUGGCGUAAUGGGAAUGAUAGUGAUUCACUGGAAGGGCCCCCUGAGGCUGCAACAGGCAUACUUAAUUUUCAUUGCUGCCUUAAUGGCUUUAGUUUUUAUUAAGUAUCUGCCGGAAUGGACUACUUGGGCAGUGCUGGCAGUCAUUUCUAUAUGGGAUCUUGUUGCUGUAUUAACACCCAAAGGACCUCUGAGGAUAUUAGUAGAGACUGCACAAGAAAGAAAUGAACCCAUUUUCCCCGCACUCAUUUAUUCAUCGACGGUAAUGUACUGUCUCGUAGCUGCCAAUACAACGGAAGGCAGUGGAGGGGAACGUGGUGAUGGGGCUGAGACGAGGGCCGCCGGGGAAGGUGAGCUGCGCCCUCUCAAUCCGCAUGAUCGGGCGCCUCGUCGCGAAAUAUUAGAGCGUCGCCAUAGCGACGAGGGCGGGUUCGAAGCGUGGCGUGCGCGCUCGCAACUCGCGCGGCAACUGCGAGUCGACAGCACCCCAGCUAGCUACACUACACGUAUCGACCGACCGCAGGCCUCGACCCAACAGCAGCAAUACGACGUCGAAGAGGAAAAGGGCGUGAAGCUGGGACUCGGUGACUUCAUAUUCUACAGCGUCCUGGUUGGGAAGGCGAGUUCUUACGGUGACUGGAACACCACGCUCGCUUGUUUCGUUGCAAUACUUAUCGGUCUCUGCUUAACCCUACUACUACUUGCGAUAUUCAAGAAGGCGUUGCCGGCGCUGCCCAUAUCAAUAACAUUUGGACUGAUCUUUUACUUCGCGACGCGCGGUGUGGUCAAACCCUUCGCGGACGCCUUAGCUGCUGAACAGGUUUUUGUCUAG